AAACAAGCUUUUCUUGUUUUCUUCUUGGCGCUGGUGGAGAGAGCUCUGAAUUUGGCGCCGACAGAGAGUGGCAACAAUACCAAGAAAAGAAGCGAGUGAAAAUUGAAAUUGGAAUCCACGUUGACCCAAUUCUCUCAAUCUCUCCCCCACAGUUUUCGAUCGGCGAGUGAGUCUCAAACCCUAAUCUCCCAAUCGAAGAACCCCCUUCCCCCACUCGCGCAAUUCCUUCACUCGCUGCUUGUGGGUGUGCGGGGGCCUUCCUUCUUCAGCAUUUAGGUGAAAUGUGAAGACUCUACUUCUUAUUGCUGAACAAAUGGUUGAUGUUGUGGAUGAAAUGCAUGAUAGAGAUGGUGGAAUUAUUAGUUUACCAAAGAAGGACACCCUUUUUGAAGAGGAUAUAGAUUUUGAGCCGCACAAUGGCAUUGAAUUUGAGUCCCAUGAAGCUGCAUACACAUUUUAUCAAGAAUAUGCCAAAUCAAUGGGAUUCACCACAUCGAUUAAGAAUAGUCGACGUUCAAAGAAAUCAAAGGAGUUUAUCGAUGCAAAAUUUGCGUGUUCAAGAUAUGGAGUUACUCCUGAAUCCGAGAGUGGGAAUAGUCGAAGGCCCAGCGUGAAGAAGACCGAUUGUAAAGCCAGCAUGCAUGUGAAGAGAAGGCCAGAUGGAAGAUGGAUUAUUCACGAGUUCAUAAAAGAUCAUAAUCACGAGCUUUUACCUGCCCUUGCGUAUCAUUUUCGUAUCCAUAGGAAUGUAAAGCUGGCAGAGAAGAAUAACAUCGACAUAUUGCAUGCUGUUAGUGAAAGAACACGGAGGAUGUAUGUCGAGAUGUCGAAAAAAUGUGGCGGGUAUAGAAAUUUCAGUUUUCCGCAGAUUAACACGAGUUAUCAGUUUGACAAAGGCCGGUAUUUAGCUCUUGAUGAGGGGGAUGCCCAAAUAUUGCUCGAAUACUUCAAACGUAUCCAAAAGGAGAAUCCCGACUUUUUCUAUGCUAUAGACUUAAAUGAAGAGCAGCGUCUGAGAAACUUGUUUUGGGUCGAUGCCAAAAGUAGAAGCGAUUAUGUUAGUUUCACUGAUGUCGUUUCAUUCGAUAUCUCAUACAUUAAGACCAAUGAUAAGCUUCCGUUUGCUCCGUUCAUUGGGGUGAACCAUCAUGCGCAGUCAAUGAUACUUGGUUGUGCACUGGCUGCAGAUUGGACUAAGCCAACAUUUACCUGGUUGUUGAAGACAUGGCUUAGAGCAAUGGGUGGGAAAGCUCCCAAAGUUAUUAUAUCUGAUCAAGACAAGGCCUUGAAGUUAGCCAUUGAAGAAGUCUUCCCAAAUACCCGCCAUUGCUUUGCGCUUUGGCAUAUAUUGGAAAAGAUUCCCGAAACUCUUGCUCACGUCAUCAAACGAAACGAAAACUUCUUCGCAAAGUUUAAUAAGUGCAUUUUCAAGUCGUGGUCAGACGAGCAGUUCGAUAUGCGAUGGUGGAAGAUGGUUACUAGAUUUGAACUUCAAGACGAUGAAUGGAUCCAAUCAUUGUAUGACGAUCGUAAAAAAUGGGUACCGACUUAUAUGGAGGAUAUCUUCUUGGCUGGAAUGUCAACCGCCCAACGUUCCGAUAGUAUGAAUGCUUUCUUUGACAAAUACAUUCACAAGAAAAUCACUCUGAAAGAGUUCUUGAAACAAUAUGGUAUCAUUCUGCAAAAUCGGUACGAAGAGGAAGCAAUAGCGGAUUUCGAUACAUUGCAUAAACAGCCCGCCUUAAAAUCUCCUUCUCCCUGGGAGAAACAAAUGUCUACAAUUUACACACACACAAUAUUUAAGAAGUUCCAAGUUGAAGUUCUCGGGGUAGUUGGCUGUCGUAUGAGAAAAGAAAUCGACGAUGGAGCAAUUACUACAUUCAGAGUUCAGGACUGUGAGAAAGAUGAGCAUUUUCUAGUAAGGUGGCAUAAAUUGAACUCUGAAGUUUCUUGUUUUUGCCGUUUGUUUGAAUAUAAAGGUUUUCUUUGUCGACAUGCAUUGAUCGUGUUACAAAUGCUCGAUUUUCGGAGUAUUCCGCCUCAAUAUAUUUUAAAGAGGUGGACAAAAGAUGCUAAGAGUAGGCAACCAAUUGCUGAUGGAACAGAAUUUAGACAGAACAGAGCACAACGUUACAACGAUUUAUGUAAAAAGGCAAUUGAAUUGAGCGAAGAAGGAUCACAUUCCGAGGAGUGUUAUAAUAUAGCGGUUCGUACAUUGGUCGAAGCUCUAAAGAACUGUGUUAAUAUUAACAACUCGAAAAGUGCUCCAGCUGAAUCUAGCGUUCACGCCCAUGGUCUACGUGAGGAGGACGAGAAUCAGGGAAGUAUAACUGCUAAAACAAAUAAGAAGAAGAGUGUAAACAGAAAACGAAAGGUACAAUCCGAAGCAGCUAUGAUACUUGUCGAACCACAGGACAACUUGCAGCAAAUGGAUAGUUUAACCUCGGAUAGCAUGACCCUGAGCGGAUAUUACGGAACCCAACAGAACGUUCAAGGAUUGGUACAGCUGAACUUGAUGGAGCCUCCCCAUGACGCAUCGUACUACGUCGAUCAACAAAGCAUUCAAGGGCUGGGACAGUUAAACACAAUUGCAGCCAAUCAUGAUGGGUAUUUUGGGGCGCAGCAUAGUAGCAUUCAUGCACUGGUGGAUUAUCGACCGGCUACGAGUUAUAACUAUAGCUUACAGGACGAGCAACAUUUGAGAUCUGCACAGCUUCAUGGCAGUAGUUCUAGACAUACUUAAUGAAGAAACAGAUACAAAAGGUAUAUACAGGACGCACGCCCAGACCCCGGAGUACUUUGUGCCACCGUGCCCGAGCUUCUUUACUUUUUUGUCGAUCGGAAGGAGGAGAGGGAAACAAUUUGGGUGUAAAGUUGUAGCAGAAAUCAGUGAUUUUGUUUUGAAAGAACCUGCUGUGUUUGGAAGGCUGAGUUCUUCCUUCCUGUAUGAUAUUGAGAAUCUGGGAAUGCUCUCUAACUAUGUUUUUGGAAGGCUGAGUUCUUCCUGUAAAUUCAAUUUCUUUCUUCCUACUCA